CCCUUUCUUCUAAGAAAAUCAAAUUGUUUAUGGAAACAUCAUCAGAGAAUCAACUUCUAGAAACUGGUGCUACACUUCUUGCCCAGUGGUGUCAGCCUACAGAGAAUUUCACAGAGAAUGAUAUCAGUGACAAGUUGGAUAGCCUGGCAUCUGAAGUAAGAAACAAUCUACAGACAACCUGGCCGCAGCAUCCAGUCCUCAAGGCUACUAUAGAUGUGAAAAAUGUAAACUCGGACCUGUGGAGCUGUGACCAAUGUAAAAUGGUUCUAGAUGCUAUAAACAGAGUUUUGUUUAAUAAACACCACUUCCAGGGCAACAAAUCAAGAUAUUAUGAUAUUAACAACUCGUACAUUAAUCAGGUGUUAACAUUGGAGACUGGUAUACCAAUCACAUUGUCGAUAGUUUAUUCAGCAAUAGCCAGAAGAUUAGGUAUUGUUUGUGAACCAGUCAACUCACCUUCACACUUCCUGCUCAGAUGGAAACAAGAUCUCACGAACACUGAAGAGCACAUGUAUACAUAUAUAGAUGUGUUCAAUGGUGGAAAGUUUCUCAGCUAUGGACAGUUACCUGUGGCGCUCAAUGUUCCAGAGAGUUUAUUAAACCUUAACAGUAUGAGGAUAACCAGUCCUGUACAGGUGUUAGAAAGAAUGAUCAGGAAUCUAAUUGCUAUUGGACGAGAGCAGGACAGAAUGGGAGAUAACUUACUGUGUUUACGAAAUGCCCUAGAGUUCUCUGUCUUGAUAUCACCAGAUGAUUUUGAAAUGCGACUGCUGCUAGUUAGAGUGAACUUACACCUGAACAUUAACCUUCCUGAUGUGAUCAACAAUCUACAGUUGAUAGCAGAUGAAGAUCAGAACAGGAUGGGUCUUGUUGCUUACCUCAUGAAUGCUGCACAAACACAGAUGGAGGACAGUAAAGAAAACAAGAACAAGAAGAAGAUUAAGACUAAAACUAGAAAGAAACCAAAAGAUGCACUUUAUUCAGUAGGCCUUAUUAUGAAACACAGAAGGUAUGACUAUGAUUGUGUGAUAUAUGGAUGGGACUCUAAAUGUGAGGCAACUCAGGAGUGGAUAUUACAGAUGGGAGUAAACCGUCUACCUCACAAAGACAAACAGCCCUUCUAUAAUGUCCUUGUUGCUGAUGGUACCAACAGAUAUGCUGCAGAAGAAAGCUUAGAUUUUAAUUCAGAAUGUUGUCGGAUCACUCAUCCAGAAAUUGGAAAGUAUUUCACAUCUUACGAAACAACUCAUUAUAUUCCAAACAAUGAAAAGACAUCAGAAUACCCACAAGACAUUGAAAUGACAGCAAGAUUAGUGCAUGAACAUUAUCAUUCUUGAGUGUUGUACUAAAGGUAGUUGAGGAAAAAUUGAAUUUUUGGAACAAUUACUUCAUAAAUGUAAAACUUCUGAACAUUGCUUCAGUGUACAGAGUUUAUUGAAUUGUUUUUUUACCACCAUUUCAUAAGCAUGCAUCCAGGUUAAUGUCAAAAAUAUGUGAAAUAUUUCAGAAAGAAAGGAAUUUUAUUAUUUUUUCUCCUUUAAUACAAUGCCUUUGAUUCUACUCGAUGGAAUGAAAUGUAAGGACGGGUGAUAUUCCCCAGUGUCAUUUCAGACAAUUCGUUGUUGGGGGUUUGAAUCACCUUCUAAUUUCAUUGUACUCUUGCCGAAUCAGGUCAGUUAAGUGCUCUUAAAAUAGUAUUUUUCAGGACAUAAUUAUACAAAUUUUUUUUUGCUUCUUAUACAAAAAAAGAAAAUUUGCAAAAACCCUGUAACUAUGCUUAAAAAUACAAACAGGCGUUAAUUAAAGCUAUUGUUAUGCAUUUUUAUCCAAUAAUGUUAUUUGUUAAAUAAUUAAUGCAUUCGUGUUGUUUAAUGUCUGAUUUACAAUGAGGAAACUGAACCAUGAGGGCAUUAGACCAAGUGACUUAAUAUCCAAGAAUCUGAAUGAUGAACCGUGGUAAAUCAGAAGAUAAUCGUUUGUUAUGUCUCCCACCACACAGUGGUGUGGGAGAUAUAUUGAUUUACUCCAGUCUGUGCAUGUGUGUCUGUCUGUCUGUCACAAAGCUUGUCCGCACUCUAAGUCAAACAUUUCUCAUCCGAUCUUCACCAAACUUGAACAAAAUGUGUUUGACCAUAAGACCUCGGACGUGUUCGAUAACUAGCCAAAUCGGCCCAGGCAUUUCGAAAUUAUGUUCCUUAAAUUACCGAAAAUUGGCCUUUUUACUCUUGUCCGCGCGCUAAGUCGAAUAUUUUUCAUCCAAUCUUCGCCAAACUUGAACUAAAUGUGUUUGAUGAUAAGUCCUCGCCCAGGUUCUAUAACUAGCCAAAUCGUCCUAGGCACUUUGGAAUUAUGGCUCUUGAAUUACUGAAAAUCGGCCUUUCUACUCUUGUCCGCACUCUAAGUUGAACAUUUCUCAUCCGAUCUUCACCAAACUUGAACAAAAUGUGUUUGCUGAUAAGUCCUCGGCCAAGUUCGAUAACUAGCCAAAUCAGCCCAGGCACUUCGGAAUUAUGGCCCUUGAAUUACCCAAAAUCGGCCUUUUUACUCUUCAAAGGUAUAUUUGUAGUGAGUAAACAGUAUAUAAAGACUGACUUCUAUUUAGAUGAUUAGGCAGUUGUGGGAGACAUGCGCUUUUCUCAAAAGCAGCUCUAGUUUUCAUUCUAACAUGUUCAUUAAAAGAUAAUGCUAAAGUCAUGCAGAACUUAAUUCAUCCGAAUAGUAAUUAAGCCGGCAUUAUGCAUGUAUUUGAUGUCAUAAUUGACAUUUUGUUCUCUCACUGGUCCACUUGUCAGCCAUUUUUUAUCACAGAAUGUACAAUGCUUUAUUUUCUUCUUUGUUUAAGUGACAAAGAUAUUGAGCCAUGUUAGAAUUAAGAAAUGAUAUAUAGUAGAACCCUAUACGCCUGCGGAAUAAUUUCAUGAGGGCAUAUUAUAUGAAUAUAUAUUACCAUGAUAUUAUAUAAACAAAGCCAAAUAUGUUUGUAUGUGUGUACAUGUAGUGUAAGCAGAUAAUUUGUGGUAUAUAUGAAUGAAUAUUUGAUAAUGAAUUAAUAUGAAUUAUUAAAUUACAUGUAUACAAAAAGUUAAUAGGGAUUUAAGUGAUUAAGUGUUUUAAAAGAUAUUACCUCUUACUAGUUUUUGUUUGUUUUUUUUUUUUUUUGUGGUGAUAUAUUUGAGGGACUCACCUAAUGAGUUACUUUAUCAAUUAUGUCCAAAAUUUUUAGAUUGUCCAUAACUUUCUUAAUAUAAUACAUGAAAAUUGUGUUAUAAGCUUUGUCUCAGAAAAUGUUUAUUUAAAAAAACACACUCAUCAAGUUAUUAAAUGCAUAGAAAAUGUCUUGAACCUAUUAAUCACCCAGUAAAACUUGUGAUGAAAAAUGGUAGAAGUUUACAGCAAAAUUUAAGGUGUCUUUAUUUGUCUGAUUUUUAGCUCACCUGUCACAAAGUGACAAGGUGAGCUUUUGUGAUCGUGCGGUGUCCGUCGUCCGUUGUCCGUCCGUCCGUCCGUCCGUCCGUCCGUCCGUCCUUUAAACUUUUGCUUGUGACCACUCUAGAGGUCACAUUUUUCAUGGGAUCUUUAUGAAAGUUGGUCAGAAUGUUCAUCUUGAUGAUGUCUAGGUCAAGUUCGAAACUGGGUCACGUGCCGUCAAAAACUAGGUCAGUAGGUCUAAAAAUAGAAAAACCUUGUGACCUCUCUAGAGGCCAUAUAUUUCACAAGAUCUUCAUGAAAAUUGGUCAGAAUGUUCACCUUGAUGAUAUCUAGGUCAAGUUCAAAACUGGGUCACGUUCCAUCAAAAACUAGGUCAGUAGGUCUAAAAAUAGAAAAACCUUGUGACCUCUCUAGAGGCCAAAUAUUUCACAA